AUGGAAAAUGAGAUGUCACCAACACAUGUUUGUCAGUACACAACGUUAGAGAGCUUGUCAGCUGAUACAGAGUUACAAGAACUAGAAAUGAAAGAAUUAGCAUGUGCUUUGGAAAUGUCAAGGGAGGCUACAGUUGCCUACUCCGAAGAGGAUUCCAGCUCAUCGGAAAUUGACGUAGCUAUGACCGAGAAUAGUCACGAGUUGAAUACCUGCAUCAGUCAAUUACGUGACAUAGUUGGCGAUGAUGUACCAAGGGAGGAGUUGGUACGAGUCUCGCUUGCUGCGGACUAUGAUGUCAACAGAGCUCUCAAUUUCUUCUUUUCAACUUAGCUCGAUGAUGAAAGGCAAUGUGGAUAAUUUAGGUAAUACUUUUGUAUGAUAUAAAGUGUUGCUUAAGAUGAUGGAUUUGAUUCAUUGUAAGGCCAGGAAAUAUAAUAUUGUUUAUUGGAUCCGC